CGCGCGGCCGGAGGCGGGGCCUCCUGGCAGAACGCGCGAUAACUGCGCAGGCGCAGCUGACACUUCCUUUUCCGACAGCCGCCAAGAUGGCUGAAGUGGAGCAGAAGAAGAAGCGGACCUUCCGCAAGUUCACCUACCGUGGCGUAGACCUCGACCAACUGCUCGACAUGUCCUACGAGCAGCUGAUGCAGCUGUACAGCGCCCGCCAGAGGCGCCGCCUAAACCGCGGCCUGCGCCGCAAGCAGCACUCGCUGCUCAAGCGCUUGAGAAAGGCCAAGAAGGAGGCGCCACCCAUGGAGAAGCCCGAGGUGGUGAAGACGCACCUGCGCGACAUGAUCAUUCUGCCCGAGAUGGUCGGCAGCAUGGUGGGCGUGUACAACGGCAAGACCUUCAACCAAGUGGAGAUCAAACCCGAGAUGAUCGGCCACUACCUGGGCGAGUUCUCCAUCACCUACAAGCCCGUGAAGCACGGCCGGCCGGGUAUCGGUGCCACCCACUCCUCCCGGUUCAUCCCCCUCAAGUAGCCAAGACCAAUAAAGACUCGGGUUAUUUUUGGUCCCCA